UCGUUUUUGUUUACGUCAUUUACGUUCCGUUUAAAUUUUGCUCCACCCUCGUGGCCUACCUUUCGUUUGAACCUCGCCCCCUUUUACUAAACUCUCGGUUAUGAUUGGUUCUUUUAGACGCCUAUCAACCAUUCCCAUAGUUCAGGCCAUGCCCCUUUCAACAACCACAGUCAUUGAAGCGAGGUGCAGGAGAGUCUCGGUGCCCUUUCGAUAUACAUCUGUGCAGACUUGUGAGGAUGCUGUAGCAUUUUUCAACGCAACCUGCUGACUGUUGGCGUGGCCUUCAAAGGUCAAAGUGAUGCUCCUGGCUGCUCCGCUUUGAUUUGGGUUACUGCAGUUUCCACAGAAACAAAGUGUCAGGGGUCAAAAGGAAGAUGAGUCAGGCAAAGAUGUCAUCGCCCACACACAGCGACAGCAGUGGAUCCUUUAAACAUGACAGCAGCAACAAGGACAGCUGGGAAAUUGUGGAGGGCCUGAGAGGAGUUCCUACCAGCAUCCAGGAGCCUGACAAACAGGAGGGCUUUCUGCUCAAGAAGAGGAAGUGGCCCAUGAAAGGAUGGCACAAGAGAUACUUUGUGUUGGAGAAAGGCAUCCUUAAGUAUGCAAAGCGUGGAUCUGAUUUAAAGAAGGGAAAGCUCCUGGGCUGUAUUGAUGUCGGCCUGUCGGUCAUGUCAAUAAAGAAGAAAGCCAUGUGUAUUGACUUGGACACGGAGGAUAAUAUCUACCACCUGAAGGUGAAGUCUCCAGAACUGUUUGAGGAGUGGGUGUCCCAGCUGCGUCAUCACCGUGUUUUUCGACAAAAUGAGAUCUCCUCCUAUCCCCACGAGAAGCAUCUCUUUUACCCGCAUGCCGCAUCCUCCCCGUCACUCAGUGACUCUUUAAGAAAAAGAGCUACACUUACCAAACAGGCGUCAUUCCACCAGGCUAAGGUUAGCUCUUGGCUCCAUUCCUCAGAGGACAUGAACAAGUGCUGCAGAGACUUAGAGGAAUGUGAGUCAUACUUGCAUGAACUUACUAUGUUGCUGAAGAGCAUGGAGGUUCUCCACCGGACAUAUUCGGCUCCAGUCAUCACAACGCUUCCGGCAUCAAACUAUGAUAUUCCCAAAAAGGAGAAGAGACCAAAGAGAUGGCGAUCCAAAAACAGUAGCAAAGAAACCAAAGCCACAUUGCAGGUUCCAAGCUGUAUUUCCUCCAAGCCCCCACGUCUUCACGCCUCCAACCCCAACCUGUCCACUACUGAAUCGAACACCCAGGAGGCCUGUCCUGAUUCCCCUGACUCACCUACAGAGGCGUCGCGUCUGCAGGAGGACUUUUGCAGACUGGCCAAUAACCUCCACACCACUCUGAAAUCAGCCUAUAGUUCCCUGGUAGCAGAGAGAGACCGAGUGAGACAAGCCAUUGACAUCCAGCCUCCACAGCCAGCGCAGGUCACAGGCUUGAAGACUGCCUAUGCAUCAGAAUGUUCAAGCGCGUCUCACUCCCUGGUCCACCAGAUAUCCAAUGAGAGCAGAGCCGAGUCAGUGUCAGAGUUCUUUGAUGCUCAGGAGUAUCUUCUGUCCUCUUCCUCAUCUGAGAAUGAGGUGUCUGACGAUGACUCCUACAUCAGUGAUGUCAGUGACACGGUCUCCAUGGACACCUACAGCAACGAGGGAGGCAGUGAAAGGCACAACUCAGUCAGUAGUGUUUUGACUUUGACACGGCGGCGCUGCAUGCUCCCUGCUCCCUGUCCAGAGAGCAGCGUCAGUCUGUGGAACAUCCUGAGGAACAACAUCGGAAAGGAUCUGUCCAAGGUGUCCAUGCCAGUGCACCUGAAUGAGCCUCUCAACACCCUGCAGAGGUUCUGUGAGGAGCUGGAGUACAGUGAGCUCCUGGACACGGCUAAUGAGACCCAGGACCCGUUCAAACGUAUGGUGUACAUAGCAACGUUUGCCAUAUCAGCUUAUGCUUCCACCUACCACAGAGCAGGGAGCAAACCCUUUAACCCCGUCCUGGGAGAGACGUACGAGUGUGACAGACCUGAUAAAGGUUUCAGGUUUAUCGCUGAACAGGUUAGUCAUCAUCCGCCUGUUUCAGCAUGUCACUGUGAUUCUAGAAACUUCUCCUUUUGGCAAGAUGUCAGAUGGAAAAAUAAGUUCUGGGGCAAAUCUAUGGAAAUUGUUCCCAUUGGAACCACACAUGUCACACUCCCAGGUUUUGGUGACCAUUACGAAUGGAACAAAGUAACAUCCUGCAUUCACAACAUCCUGAGUGGCCAGCGCUGGAUCGAACACUACGGAGAGAUGGUUAUCAAAAAUGUCAACAGUGACGUCUGCCAGUGUAAAGUCACAUUUGUCAAGGCAAAGUCCUGGAGCUCCACGGUGAAUGAGAUAGAAGCUGUGAUUACAGACUCAAGCAAUAAAGCCGUUCACACUCUAUUUGGAAAAUGGCAUGAGUCUGUGUUUCAGGGAGACCCACCUGCUGCCACCUGUAUCUGGAGAGCAAAUCCCAUGCCCAAGGAUCAAGAGCAGUACUAUGGUUUCACACAAUUUGCAGUGGAGCUGAACGAGCUGGACUCGAUGAUCAGACCUCUACUGCCCCCUACAGACACGCGCUUCAGGCCGGACCAGAGGCUGCUGGAGGAGGGAAACCCAGAUGCAGCUGAGGAGCAGAAGCAGAGGAUAGAGCAGCUUCAGAGGGAGAGGAGGAGGGUGCUGCAGGAAAACAACAUGACACAUAAACCUCGCUUUUUCAUAAAGUCCAAGGAUGACACGUGGGUGAGCAACAACACAUACUGGGAGCAGCGCAGAGACCCUGGCUUCACCAAAGUAGACUUCCCCGUGUUGUGGUGACCUGCAGAUUUUACCCACACCAUCCAGUAUAAUGUGUUGCAGUGAGGGAAGUAUAGAACUGAACAAAGUUCAGUCUUCAAAUGUCUUGACCAGGUCAUCAAAACUGACCCCAGGUCAUGGUAACCUAACCCAAUAUGGACUUCCUGUCUCCAUUUUUAUUAGCACAGAGCAGCACAGUCUUCAUCAGUUUUACUUCCCCCUGUUUUUACCAUAGCUGUUGUUAUUCCAUGUGUUGAUGUAGACACAUUAAGCUGUUCAUAUUGUUGUUUUGUUUUGUUCAUGUUUGUUUGUUUCUCACAGAAGUGCCUUUCAUUGUAGGGCUACACUCAAUCAACUGCUUCCGCAGUUAUGCAAUAACACUUUUAACCAGAGUUGUUCUGAAUGAUGUCAGUGUACAGUGUGUGAUGUUCGCUGGAAAACUGUAUUUUCCGGUGCUUCAGCCAGGAGCUGAUCACCGGGUCUUAUUAUCAAAGAGGGAUUUCAGCCUUAUUUCAGUUUGCUGCCUUGUCGUAAUCGGUCCUGACUAUCACAAUUGUGGAUACAGUGUUUACUGAAGGGGAAAAAGCAAUAAUACCUGUGUAUGAAAAAAGAUGACAUUAAAUUUGUUUGAUGGACUGUGAUGUAGUGGAAUGACAUUAUAAACCUGAAUCUGCUCACACCAAA